UGAUCUUGAAAAAGAUAGUGACUGAAUCUGUGUGAUGUGACGCUACUGGAUACCUGUUUAUUAAAUAACGUGCAAUAAUUUACGCCAAACUUAGAAAUAAUCGUUUAGAAUUAAAUAUAAUGCUCAAUGAUAAAAUAUCCUCGAAAGAGGAAUUAAAGCUCAUGAAGAAAUAUGUUCCUGUACCGAAACAAUUACAUGCCAAUGUCUAACGAAACAUCUUCAGAUGGUUACGCAUCCCCUCGAGUUUCCAGUCCAGAAAAUUCUUACACGUACACAUUGUCGAGUCCAAGAAAUUCGGAAAGCAGUAUGUCGUCACAACCUUACAUUCCGAAUUGUUAUAAACAAGGUGAUUCGUGGAGUCGGCAGCAAUAUUACGGGGAGAAUAACAACGUUUAUCUCAAGUACGAAUAUAAUAAAUAUAAAAGAGAAGAUUCGAAUAUGAAUAGUUAUUCGCAAAAUUAUUAUAAAUCCAAUUUGGAUAAUAAGUAUAGUUCGAAGAAUAGUAAUAAGGAGCCGAAGAAAAGCGUUCCACCGCAAGGCGGUCUUGAGAUAAUGAGAAAAAGACGAUUAGCAGCAAAUGCUAGAGAAAGGAGGAGGAUGAACAGUUUAAAUGACGCUUUUGAUAGGUUAAGAGAUGUUGUGCCCUCUUUGGGAAAUGAUAGAAAACUAUCAAAAUUUGAAACGCUGCAGAUGGCACAAACUUAUAUAGCAGCUCUUCACGAACUCCUACAGAGGGAUUAGGAUAUUGUUGAGUAUUAUUUAUUUAAGUUUUUAAUACAAUACUUUGUUUAAGUUUUUUUUUUAAUUAUUAUUUUGCUAUUUUCAAAGCGUUGUG